UUGGUUUUUCAACUUGCUGUGAUUUAUGCAAAUUCAACCGAAACGUAUGCCGCGCCGUUUUGUUUACAAUCGUGUCAUGGGUGUUUAACUUAGCGGCGAGUCGUUCAUAGGAACCAAUCCUUGCCAGUAAAGCAGCAGGUUUAUGUAAAAAUUGACGACACUUUGGUUGGUGAUCAGCUUCUGAUGAGCAAAAAGGGUAAACGGCUUGGAUCACAAUUCGCCAUAAUCGGUUGCUAAUCAUGAUAUCCGUAAUUCAGUUACUGUGUCUAGUGGGGACUAACGACAUCGCGACACUCACAGCUUCUACUGAAAUUUAUUUGGACAAUUUUUUAUUUGUGUUCAUAUGUUCACAUUGCACAUAAUUUGUAUAUCUUUUAUGAUGUUUAAAGCUAACAACGUAUAUAUUUCCACAACACCCACCUGCUGACCCAGUGCUUACACCAUCGAAUACAUCUCAUAAAGCUCAUCAACUUCGACCUAUCCGCAUAAGUUAGGAGAGAAAAAAAUACACAAACAUCCCACCCUUUCCACAAAAGCACGACAGCGCCGGCCAGCGUUCGAAUCAAUCCCCCAUCAACAUGAGUGUGCUCGCUUGCAACUCUAAUCCUUAGAAGCAUCAUCACACAGAGGGUUUGGCUGGAAAGGAAGAAGCUACUUGUCGUUGGCGCGCAAUUCCAAGCCAGCAAACAUCAUUUGGAUUUCAAAUGUUGUCGGGUAUGGAUUGGCGCACGGUCCGGGAAUAGUGAAUUCGUGAGUUGUAUUCGCGCGAAAUCGAAUGUUUGUUUUCGUUUGACACGGCACGUGAGUGAGUUAAGCUGACUGGAUUGCGCCGACGCUGGGGUCCUACGUGUGUCGGCGUUGUUCGUUGAUUAAUGCUGUGUCUGAUGAGCAUGAUUUAAACGCGCUACCGAAAUGUGAAGAAGUUGGUGUUUAAUUAUGCUCCGUUGUAGCAAAGAGAACGUUGUGAUCGAAGGGCUUUGUUUUUGAAAAUGCAAUCAUGAUGUUGUUGUUCAUUGAUGGAUAAUGAAUUUGACGGAUGUGCCUAAUUGAAAAAGCAGUGAUGUGAGGUGAAGAGACAGAAAUGUACGGAUGGAAGUGCUGACAGUUUAGUUCGUACAUCUGAACGAUGCAGGAUAAAUUUAGUUACGACUGCUGAAAUGGAUAGAACUCGAAGUUCUUUGUAUAUGAAAAAACCAUCCAUAUCGCGUAAACACUUUGCCUUCCUGUUUGCGAUAAUCGUCGCGUGUAUGUUUACGAUUCUCUCAAUUCUGCAAACCAACGACAAUGGAGUGGCGCAGCACCGAUAUGGUGCCGCCAUCGAGGAGCAACUGCUGAUGCAUUCGGUCAAUUUAACAGACACCGUACGUGUUCUCUGCUGGGUCAUGACUACUCCGGCCAACCAUGAAACCAAAGCGCUGCACGUCAAGCGAACCUGGGGUCGCCGCUGCAACAAGUUACUGCUGAUGAGUUCUUUCGAGGAUGCGAAAGUGGGGACUAUUGCUUUGGAUGGGGUUGGCGAAGGACGGCAAUCGUUGUGGAACAAAACGAGGGAAGCGUUUCGGUACGUUUACGAACAGCACUUGGAUGAGUACGACUGGUUCAUGAAAGCAGACGAUGAUACAUACGUUAUCAUGGAAAACCUAAGGUUUUUCCUCUACCCAUAUUCACCGCAAUAUCCGAUUUUUUUCGGAAGUAAAUUUAGAUAUCCGGAGUACGUCCGUCAAGGGUAUUUCUCAGGUGGGGCAGGAUAUGUUCUUAGUAGAGAAGCACUGAAGCGUUUUGUAGAGCAAGCUCUGAACAAUACAGAAACGUGUUCCGUUGCAUAUGACACAGAAGAUCUAGAAAUGGGACGCUGCAUGGAAAGUGUCAACGUAACAGCUGGAGAUUCACGUGAUCUCAUGGGACGAAAACGUUUUUUGCCGAUGGAGCCACUGUUCCACCUGACGAGCAACCCAGCGGAGGAUCCGGACUUUUGGUACAAGCAAUAUUCAUUCUACGAGCCAUUUUACGGUCGAAACUGCUGUUCGGAUCUUGCCAUCAGCUUUCACUAUAUCCAAGGCCGACAGAUGUACGUGAUGGACUACUUGAUAUAUUCGCUUCAUCCGUAUGGCGUGAGCUUUAGAAAACCUGCGCUGCAACCAAAGAUGUCCUGGGACGAAGCGUUAGUAGUUAGUGGGCCGUACCCGUUGCCGAGUACAACGACGACAACUACGACAACAACUACGGAGACAACAGCCACUGAAUCCUUGGAAGUUGACACACAAUCCGAGAGUAGUGCACCUUUAGAAUUUACUCAGGCGAUUGAUGCCCUCAGCAAUACCAGUAUUAAUAGCACUCAAUUAAAUCAUAUCGUGGACCGAUUAUUAGAGAAUAAUGUAUUUUUUGAUAAAAUUGUAGAGAAGAUGAAAAGUCAUAAUAAAUCUAGUAAUUCUAAUAUAUAAA